GACUCAUUAGUGAACAGUGAGUGCCAGAGACAUGGGAAACACAGGGAAGGAGUGGCUGUGGUGGUGCCUGGUGGUGGCGGUGGCGGCGGCGGCGGUGGAGGGACAGCGGACUAAGAAAUGUGAUAUGAAACCCUCCGUCGACUCCCCAGACAAAAUGGAUGUGCACUGUAACUGUAUGCAGAGACUGGAGAAGGUGGACGUGGCCGUGGCAAGCCUGACAAUCAACCAGACCGGGUGUGCCCGGGCGAGGCUGGAGCUGAGCUGGCCGACCCUGGAGGCUGAAGUGGGCCCCGAGCUGCUGGUGCUGGAGGGGGCGCGAGUGACCUUUGCCGAGGACGGCGCCGCAGCCCCCUGGCAGCCAUCCAUCACGGCAAUCACCUUCAUCAACUGUAAUUUCCUGGAGGUGCCGAGCCACGCCUUCCGCGGACUGCAGCUGCUGGAGAAGGUGCGACUGGUCGGCGGUGCGGCGGGCGCGGUGCGCGGCGGCGCCUUCAGCGACUUACCGCUCCUACGAGUGGUGGAAGUGGCCAACGCCAGUCUGGCCCUGGUGGAGAGCGGGGCGUGGGCCAGGCUGCCGGCCCUCACACACCUGGCGCUCUGGCACAGCAGCCUCGGGGAGCUGAAGCCCCACGCCGUCAACCUGUCCCGCGGCAGCGGUGGCCCCGUGGGGCACAGCAACGAGGCGUGCGGCGAGGUGCGGGAGGUUGACGAUGACCGCGACCGCGUGCUGGACGUGCUGUCUGGCCGCAGCGGCCCCGGCGAUGAUAAGAACCUCUCGCUGCCGCAGUUCGGGACACAGCUGCUGCUGUUCCAUAAUCACAUCGAGGUGCUGGGGCCGCAGGCCAUCACCGGCGACGCCUUCGGCUUCCUGAUCAUGGGCAGCAACGAGGUGGGCCACGUGGGCGGCGCGGCGCUGGACCUGGCUCUCAACAACCCCUGUGAGAUCAGUGCCGCCAUGCUGGUGGACAACACGCUGGGGAGGCUGGAGGACGGAGCACUGGAGGGGCUGCGAGGAUGGCCGGGAGCGCCGCGCCACACCUUCCUUGCCCUUACCAACAACACGUUCAGCAGCGUGGCGCCGCGCGCCUUCACGCUGCACCGAGACGUCCACGUGUUCUCCGCGGGACAGAACCGCUUCCGCUGCCGCUGCCAAGACCUGCUGUGGGCGAUGCCGGCAGCCGCGGAGGGGCGGCGCGACCUGCAAGAGGCACUGUUGGGCAAGGGCCUGUGUCAGGACGGCACCAACCUCGCUGCCUUCACCGCCGCCUGCACCAAGAUCCUCCGCCCCCCCUCACCCUCCAUCAUUCCCCCACCCCCUCCCACCACAGCUCCCCACGACCACACCACCCCAGCGUUGUCACCUUCCUCCUCCCCCACCACCACCCAACCGUCCUCCCACUUCCCCUCACCUAGCACCACCCCGCCCCCCUCACACGACAGCACCGUCAGUCCCCCAACAUCAACUCAAACCCCCAAGCCGGAGCCUUCAGGGGCUGCCCCCCUCACCCUCGCCCCCACCGCCUUCAUCACCCUUCUGCUGGCACGCACCCUCCUCUAAUCCCUCCUCCCUCCCUUCCAUUACCCCCUUCAUUCAUCUUAAUCACCACAUUCACCUCGUGUAUUUAUCUCUCGCCACCAAGAUGCAAUAAAGAGAACAAUUAUCA